AUUGACUCGAUAACCAACGUACUUAAAAAUUCAGUUCUUGGAAGUUAGAAUUAUGCAUAUGUUAGUAAUCCUAUUUUGGUGUCUAUCGCUGCUUUUAACUGCCUCUUGUGAGAUUGGAUGCCGAGAUGAAAAUAACGAUCUAGUGGAUUGGUAUUAUCUUUACAAGCUACCACACGAAGAAUUUGAUCGUAAAUCGCAAUCUACCGGCUUCCGAUAUGCCUUUUUGACUUCAGCUGAAAGAUCGACACAGUGGAAACUUUCGGAACGUACAGUCAAUGAUAGUAAUAGUAUUCCUGGUAACACAUUAGAACCUGUGUUGCUUGAAGGUACGGAUGUCUUAGCUUUGCUGUAUAACGAUGAGCCACCGGAAAACAAAACCGAUGGAUUGCGAGGUCAUACUAAGGGUGUUGUAGCUACGGAUGGCCAAAGUGGCUUUUGGUUAGUCCAUUCCGUUCCGAAGUACCCACCUUCUUUAGGGGAAAAGUAUCAUUAUCCUAGCACCGGGAAACUUUACGGACAGAGCUUCCUUUGCAUAAGUGUCGAAGCUGAUCAGAUGGAAUCUAUUGGUCAACAGUUGCUACUAAAUGAGCCCCAUGUUUAUUCGUUUCAAAUCCCUAGUAGUUUGAGGAAUCGUUUUCCAAAGCUUGUUGAAGUGUCCGAGAUGAAAACUGAUGACACGCCUCCACAUUACAGUAUUCUAGACGUGAAGUCUCGUGGUGGCACUAUUUUUCGCUCAUUUGCCAAAAAUCGUUUUUUUAAAAAGGAAUUGUAUGCCGAUUUGAUAGCCCCUAUGCUGCAAGUUAGCCUCUUGGUUGAAACCUGGCAACAUGGGGCCGGGAAUUUACCGGAUAGCUGUUUACAUUUUCCUGUUUUUAAUAUCAAAGCUGUAAAAGUGAUAGGAGAUUAUCGUUUCGAAACACUAAAGGAUCAUUCUAAAUGGGCUGUUUCUGGAAAAUCUGAAACAGAUUAUGUUUGCGUAGGUGACAUCAACCGGCAGGAACAUCAAAAAGAGCGCGGCGGCGGAAGCGUCUGCAGCCAGCUGAGUGUGGUCGCUGACGUAUAUCGAGGGUCCGUUGAAAACGUCGAAAGCUGUCCGCCGGAUUUGUGAGGUAAGCGAUGCUGUUCCUCAUUGUCGAAUUUUAUUUUGAUUUUUUAUUUCCUCAUUUAUUUCAACUGUGGCGGAAUAGGAAAAAUGAAAUUUAUACUUUAAGCCGGUU